AUGGGCUCUAUGAGCAAGCACAAUGAAGAAAAAGACCGGGAAGAACCACGGGAAGAACGAGCCAAAGCCGCAGAUCAGUCCCCACGAGCACGAUUGCAACCAGUCGGCCGUGUAGUGAAGUUUUCUGGCGUACUUGUACCAUCCGUCUGUAAGCAGCACAGAUCCGUUUGCACACUUGAUGUAUCUUGGGUUCUUGAGCACCUGAAGAGCAAAACAGAACACGUUGUAGCCCGUAGACCAGUUAUACUCCUCUGGGUUGUGGUAAUACAGAUACAAGGUUCCGUGGCAGUAGGUGUAUGGAACACCGGCAAUGUUCCAGAAGAUGAGCAUGAAUCCAAACUUCUCGUAUGCCAUGUCCCAGGUUGGAACAAUAAGCUCUUCACCCUUGGAGCAUGCGUUGGCGUACAGAUAGUGUGCCAAGAGCAUGAACCAGGCCUGGGUGGAGAUCUGGCCGUAUUCCUCGUACUGUUUAAGGCACAAGCCAUAGGAGAGGAAGAACAGCGUGUACCAAGGGAGUCUGACCUCGAAGAACAUCUUGAGGUCGAUGAUUCCAAUUCUUGGGUUGAGUGGAGCCCCCAUGAAAACGUCGUAGAUAGGGUUACCGGUCAUUCUGAGAUAAUCCUUGGAGACGUAGAGAGUGUAGAGGUACAACAGAAUGGAGAACGAGAUACCCGAGAAGAUGGCGCAGGUCAUGAUCUCACCAAAGUUGUCAACGAUGUAGUAGAUCUUGAAGAUGUUGAGGUAGUGCAGCACAGACACCACGAUGAAGUUGACGUAGAAGGUGAUGUAAGCGUUGCAAAAGUAUGGCAGCUGCUCACCAUUUCUGUGCGCAAGCGGCUGGCCUUUUGUCCAGAUGCCGGGCAAAGUGACGUAGAAGACGGCUUGGAGGAAGAUGUAAGAGAAGAACACAAACAUGGAGAAGAAGGAAGGGUUUGCGUCGGAUUUGACGUAGCCAACCAGGAGUUCAAGGAACUGCGACCACGAUUGGUCCUGGGUGGGCCACGCUGGAGACCCAUGGUAGAAUCUAGCCGAGAUCCACAUGUAGUACAUCAGGGCAGGGAAACCGGUCAUCAUUCCCAGGGCACCAAGAGGGCCACCGAACUCCCACUCGAUCUCAUCUUUGGGGAUGCCAGCUUGGACAAGAUCCGGCGCCCGUGCGGGGUGUUUCUCACGUCCCCCAGGUACGGCUUGAGCAGCUCGCUGAGGUCUUUGAAACUGGUGUCGUCAGCAACGUCCAAAGCUGUCUGA